AGAACAGCAACUGCCUCUCAUUCUCUUUGAAUCGCCAUCAUCCUCUCACAAGAAGAGAAGAAAAGGUCUACCAGAGAGAGCGUUGUCAUGGAAGCAGCGAUACCUAAAUUCAAUACUCAGUUGUUAAAUGAUGUCUGUGUGACCCUGGACAAGUCAUUUAAUUAGUCAGUACUCUGAGCAACUCUGAUCCUGUACGUUGUGGAGAAGAACCUACAUUGAUAGAGGGCAUUUCCUUAAUUUAUUACCAAUGACACAAUUCUCCAGCUUGGAAUGCCAUGAGAAUCUUAGCUAGUCUCUUUUCAACUAGACGAUCCAAUCGUGGGAAAGAAAGUUCUUUUUAGGGAAGACUGAGUAGGAUUUGUCAGCAAGAAGAAAUAAGAUUUUCCUGAAGGAGAAGAGAUCCUAGGAGGGAACAGAUCUCUCCUCUUGCUGCCGCAGCUGACGUAGAGCUAACGUGACUCUGACGCAGCAGCGCUCUGACUUCAUUUAAGGUCGGUCAGCGGCCGCGAGUGGACAUUAGUCUUCUUCCUCCGCGGCCUGGGUCCGAGGGCCGCCACCCACCACCUCCAUGGCUCAGUACAAGGGUGCGGUCAGUGAGGCUGGCCGGGCUAUGCAUCUGAUGAAGAAGCGGGAGAAGCAGCGGGAGCAAAUGGAGCAGAUGAAGCAGAGGAUUACCGAGGAGAAUAUCAUGAAAUCCAACAUCGACAAGAAAUUCUCAGCUCAUUAUGACACGGUAGAGGCUGAGCUCAAGUCCAGCACUGUGGGGCUUGUGAGUCUGAAUGACAUGAAAGCUAAGCAGGAAGCCCUGGUGAAAGAACGGGAAAAGCAGCUGGCCAAAAAGGAACAGUCCAAAGAACUUCAGUUAAAGCUAGAGAAACUUCGAGAAAAGGAACGGAAGAAGGAAGAGAAGAGGAAGAUCUCUAGCUUAUCCUUCACCUUUGGUGAAGAAGACGAAGAUAUGGAUGAGAAUGAUCUAGAACAGGAAGGCAACAGAGACCUGAACAAGAGCAGACAAGGUUCCUCCUUUCAGAGAGUUAACAGCCUAAAUGGAGAAGGAAUCCCUUCGAAGAAGAGAAAAUUAGGGAAAAAUCCAGAUGUGGAUACAAGCUUUCUUCCUGACCUUGAUCGAGAGGAAGAGGAAAAUAGGCUCCGGGAGGAACUUCGACAGGAAUGGGAGGCCAAACAGGAGAAAAUCAAGAGCGAAGAAAUUGAGAUUACCUUUAGUUACUGGGACGGCUCUGGACACCGGAGAACUGUAAAGAUGAAGAAAGGCAAUACAAUGCAACAGUUCCUGCAGAAGGCCAUGGAGAUCCUGCGGAAAGAUUUUAGUGAGCUGAGGUCGGCAGGCGUAGAGCAGCUCAUGUACAUCAAGGAGGAUCUGAUUAUACCUCAUCAUCACAGCUUCUAUGACUUCAUCAUCACCAAGGCCCGAGGAAAGAGCGGCCCACUCUUUAACUUUGAUGUCCAUGAUGAUGUUCGGCUGCUCAGUGACGCCACAGUAGAGAAGGAUGAGUCACAUGCUGGAAAGGUGGUGCUGAGAAGCUGGUAUGAGAAGAACAAGCAUAUUUUUCCAGCCAGUCGCUGGGAGCCCUAUGACCCAGAGAAAAAAUGGGACAAGUACACUAUCCGAUGAGUACCUUUAAAAAAAAAAAACAAAAAAAAAAAAAAACAAACCUGCAUGUUAUCUGUGUCACUUCACCCCUCCCUCCACCUGUUCAACCACCUAUCCAGUUUUUCUAAUUUAUGAGAUCUGACAAAGUUUGCAGCUGCCCCUAGAUAUCCUUCCUAUCCUCUUCUUCCUUUCUCCUAACUUCUUCCUUAUUCUAUCUUGAGACCUUCCUCCUUCCCCCUUAUUUAAUAGAUGUAUCUGAGUCCCCUAGAUUCACAGGUCCAACUAGUAAGCAGACCCUGGGACUAGCACAGAUUGGGGGAGGCUUGCAGCAGCAUUGGUCCCUGGAUUUCUACUCUCAAAUUCUUCUAUUAUUUACAUGUUUCUUAUUUCAAAAUAAAUAUUUGUGUGAAGGG